UUAAAAAAUGUCCAGCAAUAUUUAUACCAGUAACCAACUAACUAGUGAAGAAACAGCAGCAGUUCCCAUUAUUCUUUUGGCACUGCCCACACUCCCUCACUGGUAGUUCAUCACACACAAUCCUCUCUCUCUCUCCCAACACACAAAUGGAGGCCACCGCCAUCAAUGGCCGACCCGCAUCGCCGGAACCCGACCCGGACUCCGAACUCUUCUACCCUGAAGACUUCGACAGCACCUGCUCCACCCCCUUCGUCAGCGCUCCCUCCAGCCCCGGCCGCAAUGGCGGAGGCGGAAGCGGGGGAGGCGGCUUCUUCUACAGCUGUCCCGCGAGCCCAAUGCACUUUGCCAUCACUUCCGCGGCAGCUAACCGCCGCUCAUCGUACGACGACGACGACGAUUUCGACGGCGGCGGUGGCAGGAGCUUGGCGCAGAUGGGGUGCGAGUUCGAAUUCUCGGCGAGAUUCGGAUCUGUUGGGCCCGGUCACACCGGAUCCAUGAGCUCGGCCGACGAGCUGUUCUUGAACGGCCAGAUCCGGCCCAUGAAGCUCUCCACUCACCUCGAGAAGCCCCAAGUCCUCGCGCCGUUACUGGAUCUCGACGAGGAGGGUGAAGAAGAAGAAGGAGAUGAGGCAGAGCUCGGCGGUAAUAAGAAAGGAUUUCACGGCGAGAGCAGAGGGCGAGAUCUGAGACUCCGGAACAAAUCUCUCCGGCGGAGAACCAGAUCUAUGUCGCCGCUCCGCUCCUCGUCGUUCGAGUUCGCCGACGACGACGGCGGCGGAGAGGGUGAAACGAGAAAGAAGAAAACAGGGGAAGGGGAGGAGGAAGGAGAAGAGGCCGCCGCCGCCGCCAUGGAUUCCGCAGUAGACGAGCCGAACUCGAUCUCGGCGUCUUCUUCUUCGACAUCGAGAUCUUCAUCAGCUGGUAGGAAUUCGAAGAGAUGGGUUUUCCUCAAGGAGUUUCUCUACAGGAGUAAGAGUGAAGGAAGGAGCAAUACCAAGUUCUGGUCCAACAUUUCCUUCUCACCAUCGAAGGAAAAAAAGGGGAAUAGCAGAAGCAACUCUUCUUCUUCUUCUUCUUCCCGUGGCAGAGAGAAAGGAAUUAGUAAUGAAGGUUCUUCAGAGAAAGUUGGGGGAAGUAAUAAUAACAAUGGCGGAAGUGGGAAGAAGCCAGUGAAUGGAUUGGGGAAGAAGAGAGUGCCAGCAGCUUCACCGCACGAGCUGCAUUACAAAGCGAGCAGAGCUCAAGCUGAGGAGAUGAGGAAGAGGACAUUCUUGCCGUACAGGCAAGGCUUGCUUGGUUGCCUAGGGUUCAGCUCAAAAGGGUAUGGAGCCAUGAAUGGAUUCGCCAGAGCUCUGAAUCCAGUCUCUUCCAGGUAAAAAAAUAUAUCAUGAUGAUGAUGAAGAAGAAGAUGAUGGGUUUGAUUCAUUUUCACGAGUCAAGGAUUCAGAUUACUAUUAUUAUUAUUGACUAAUAUUUGUAUAGAUUUUGGUUUAGAAGAAGAUAUUGCUGUUGUUUAUGUAUGUAAGGUGAUGAGAUUGGCUAGAUCUCUUAUCUCUUGUUUCUUUCUUUUUGGAUCAGUUCUCUCAUGUAAUAUUCUGUGCUUUCUCUCAUAUGGGUUGGUAUUAAGCCAUGAGAAAGAAGGAUUAUUAGUAGAUCUUUGUCUUUUGCUGCUAAAACCCACUACCAGUCCGGUUCUUUUGGUACACCAUUGAUGAUUGCUUAAGCCAUCUCUGAUUCAACUUUCUUCCAAGGUAAUCUGAAAACGAUGUGAAGAAGAAGAUGAUGAUGGGUCGAUUCAUUCAUGAGUCAAGAACAGAAACAACUUUUUUAUUAUAUUCGUAUAGAUUUUCUUUAGAUUCUGAUCUCGUUGUUGUCCUUCUUUUACCACCUUUAGAAGAUAUUUGUUUUAUGCAAGUCGAUCAUGAGGCUAGCCAGACCUCUUUCUCUCAGACCAACUCAGUGUAGGUUCAAGAUUGAAAAUAAAAUCAGAAUCAGAUC